AUGGCGGAGAAGCCGCCUUCGUCGAGCGCAGGCUCCAUCACUUCCCCAGGCGGAAAAGAAGAUUUGGAGAAGCAGCACCCCACAGAUCGCCAUGCGCCUUACCUCGACCCAUCAAUCAUGGGGGAUGACUACGAAGGCAAGCCGACCGAGGAGGAGCUUGCUGUCCUCCGCCGUGUGCCGGGCACUAUCCCCAUCAUUGCGUACAUGAUCUGUAUCGUCGAGUUCUGCGAGCGUGCCUCGUACUACGGCGUGCAGCCCUUGAUCAGCAACUAUGUCAACCGCCCGCUCCCAGAAGGUGGGAACGGUUGGGGUGCCCCCCCGGUGGGUAGCCAGGCUACAGGUGGUGCUCUCGGCAUGGGAACUGUUGUCGCCAAUGCCGUGAGCCAGUCGUUUAGCAUGCUUGCUUAUGCCCUACCUCUUCUGUUUGGUUGGAUGGCAGACGCGAAGACUGGUCGGUUCAAGUUGAUUUGCUGGGGUGUUGGUGUUUUCGGUAUCGCCCACGUCCUCAUGGUCGCCGCUGGUGCGAAAGAUCUCCUCGCCAACGGAAAUGCCAAGAUCCCCUACUUCAUCUCUGUCUACAUCUUGUCGGUUGGCGCUGCCAUGUUUAAGCCCAACGUUUCACCCCUGCUUCUGGAUCAAGUUACCACCACUGUUCCCAAGGUGAUCACCCUCAAGUCCGGUGAGAGGGUUAUUGAGGAUCCCGAGUCCACCACCGAGCGUGUCAUGCUCUGGUUUUAUCUGACGAUCAAUAUCGGCGGUUUCAUGGGAAUCGCCACUGCCUACUCGGAGAAGUAUAUCGGCUGGUGGCUUGCCUUCCUCAUUCCCCUCAUCCUUUACCUCCCCCUGCCGUUCCUCUUGUGGUUCCUGCGCAAGCGAGUCAUCCUCCACCCCCCUGGCGGGAGCGAUCUCCCCAAUGUCUUCCGCGUCCUUGGAAUCAUCUUCCGCCGUGGCGGUAUCAAGCGCAUCGGCCGUCACGGCUUUUGGGAUCUUGCCAAGCCCUCCAACAUUGCGGCUGCUGGCCUUAGCGGCCACUUUGUCACCCGGUGGAAUGACGAUUUCGUUGACGACGUCCGCCGCACAUUCCAAGCCACCGGCAUCUUCUGCUUCUUCCCCAUCCAGUACCUGAACGACAACGGCAUCGGUUCAGCAGCCAGCUUCCUGACCACCAUGCUUCGGACCGACGGCGUGCCCAACGACGUUAUUUCCAACUUCAACUCGCUCAGUAUCAUCGCCUGCGCGCCUAUCCUCAAUUAUGGUCUUUACCCCGCCCUGCGGAGGGCCAACAUUCACUAUGGACCCGUUGCCCGCAUGACCACUGGCCUUGCCAUGUCCACGCUUGGCGGCGUCGGUUACACGUUGCUUAACUCCUACGCUUACCAGCAAUCACCUUGCGGUGAGUACGGCUCAAGCGAUUGCAAGGUCGGCACUGGCGUUGCGCCUAUCAGCAUUUGGUGGAUUGCUAUCCCCUACGCCGUUGGUGGUAUUUCGGAAUUAUUUAUCAACGUCCCGGCGUACGGCAUCGCGUACUCUCGCGCCCCCGUCAAUAUGCGUGGCCUCGUGUCCGCCCUCAACCUUUUCAAUACGGCUGUUGCUUAUAUCAUUGGCUUGGCCACCUCGUCCGUCAUUACUGAUCCCUACCUUACUUGGGACUUCGGCGGUACUGCCAUCGCUGGCGGUAUCCUGACCAUCGUCUUCUACUUCACCUUCCGCCACAUUGACAAGGAGGAGUAUACCCUGAGCAAAAACCAACCUGACACCGACUAUCACCUUGAGCUUGAAGGGACCCGCAACGUCGUUGGCGAGAACCAGCUCAACAAGAGCGUCAACCGCCCGGCCCCCAUUGCCGACAACGAGGAGAUGAUGAUCUCGGCUAAGCAGUAG